AUGAUAGUGGAAAUGAGAUAUGGAGCCGGUACCUUACCGAUCGAGAUCCCUGAUAAGAACGUUGCCAGCGUUCUUGAAAUCUCGGAAAGUGUUCCGCUGUCGGAUGAAGAUGGUGCUGUUCGAGAGGCGAUUGCGCGACCGAUUGCUUCACCACCUUUGGCUGAGAUUGCAAAGGGUCGCGAGUCCGCAUGUAUUGUUAUCUCUGAUGUGACCCGUCCGGUGCCAAAUAAGGUAAUUCUCCCGCCAAUGUUGGAAACGCUCGAACGAGCAGGUAUCCCACGCGAAAAGAUUACUAUCCUCAUCGCGACCGGUAUCCACCGUCCUAAUGAAGGGGCCGAACUCGAACAGAUGGUUGGACGCGACAUUAUAGAUACAUACCGUAUCGUCAACCAUUUUUCGCAGAAACCAGAGCACCACGAAUAUUUAGGCGAGACGCAAAAUGGCACACCUGUUCACAUUGAUAAAACCUACCUCGAAUCGGACCUGAAGAUCGCGACGGGAUUGAUUGAACCGCACCUGAUGGCUGGAUAUUCUGGCGGCAGGAAGGCAAUCUGUCCAGGGAUUGCCUCUGUUGAGACAAUGAAGGUGAUGCACGGGCCCGAGCUCAUGGAACAUCCGAAGUCGAGCAGUUGGUAUCUUAGAGGGCAAUCCGUUUCACAUAGAAGCGACUGA